CGAUCCCGCGCCAAAUCGCGUGGGUUGCAGAAGCGUCACACUCCUAACAAACUCUUCACUUCCCCAAAACCACAACCCCGCAAGAAACGUUGGCCACGGGGGUCGUGAUUAGCACAAAUGGUUCUGUUGUCUGGAUCUGAAGAUCGACCGAUGAAAUCUGGAAAUGAAUCCGGUGAAAAGGGGUGUUCGGACGAUGACCACGAUGGCAUUCCGUUGAAACAACGCCUGAAGAAGCUACGCGCGACGAAGUGUAUUAUGGAUUCGGGUGAAACAAAAUCCGAAAAAGAAGGCAUAAAUGUGUCAACGCCCCCUAUUGAUUUUGCGGUGAAAGAAGAUGACCACUGUGAUUCUCAGGGAUUCAAUUUUGCUUGUCUUGUCGGGGAAAGCGAGGUUGAGAGAUUGCCGCCAAAGGGAACCCAUGCUGGUAAGCUGGAAUACAACAGUCGAGAGACUGAAGCGAAUAAGUGCAUUGCUUUGAAUCAGAUAAGAUCCCCUGUAGUUAACUCUGGUAUUGUUAGAGCUGAGAAACUUGGUCCCAGUGAUGCUACUUCACUCCAACAUGCAAUGCCUCCGAAGUGCAUUGUCAAAGUGAAGGUGGAGUGUACUGAUAACACCUUAAUGAGUUCCUUGAGAAACUGCCUAACUGGCUCUUCUAGUGUUGAUACGCAAGCAAUUAAGAUAAAACCUGAAGUCCCUGAUGAUUUUUUAGAUGAUCUUGAUAACAUGGUACUGAAAGAAAGGCAGAAGAUGCUGCUAUCAAGGAAAUCAUCGGGAUUGACCAAACCAGUUCUGGAGGUAACAAAUUUUCCUCUUCUUGCAUGGUAG